CUUUACUGAAAUUUGUGGUAUCCAACUGCCUUUGUGAACACUCACCCGAGGCUGUGAGAUCCUCUGGACCACUAAUUUUAUCGUCUGCUGCAUUUGCGUUCAGAAACAGAUCGGUUGGUUUGUCCAAUCACCAACGGUAUGGUUUGGGGACCUACUCAAAUUUCAUUGGCCGAUGUGAUGCAUCAAUUUCUUCCCGGAGGUAUCCAUGUUUGUCGUUUCGAAUUCGACUUGACCGCGAACCACUUGAACACAAUUGUUGGACGUAGUGACCUGGACAUCGUCGUGUGCAGUCACCUACUAUCUGAACCACUUCAAGUAUGCCAUUGGCCUUCGGAUGCGGUGCAGAUACGCUUCAACGAAUAUCUUCUGCGAUUGGAUCGAAGUUCUGUUGGUGGUGGACAAUCGGCACACAAAGUGGCUUGCGUGAAGCAGUUAUGUAGACCCGGUAGAAAUCAGUUGGAGAUUGCCAUACUGGGUCUCGGAGAAGAUCCGAGCCAGGCAGCCACGAUGAACAAGAGGCAUACAAUGGCCGGUCUCUUGGAAACACAUCGCUUUGCGGCAUUCAUGGCUCACAUGCCCGCACUGAAUGUUCUCUUGGACGGAUUAAAGCGACGGCGACCGGCUGGGGUGAACGCGCUUUGCGACAUCCUAGAGGGCCGGGUUGGGUCCCGCAGUGAAUCCUCCGGGAGUCUUCCUUCACCUGCCCGUCCCACUCCCGUGGUGGCCGAACUAAACCUGGUCUGUCCCGUAUUUCGAACUCGAAUGAAUGUGCCAGGACGUAUCAUGGGCUGUGAACACGUCGAAGCGUUCGAUAUGGAGGCAUUUCUUCGUCGAGAGGUCCUUUGGCCACGACUAAACUGUCCGAUUUGCAGGCACAAGAGCCCUGCUGGACUGGACGGUUUGUGCAUCGAUACAACCAUUUUGAACGCUUUGAAUCUCGUACACCCUGCGAUCGAAACUAUUUUGGUACGAUCCGACGGCUACUGGAGAUUACCAGCCCAUAUAUCGUUAGAUCUGCCACCGGACAUGGAUCAGUGGCAACCAGUUAUUGGUCCACUGACAGAAAUUGUCACCCAAGCUUUUUCUUCUAUGGCGAUGGUUAAAACGGGUGAGGCUAGAGGAACACAACCCUCAACUGCAACAGCUUGUACAACACCUGAUUGGACUACGGGAGUAUCUGCAACACCAUCAACACCCCAACGAAGUGGUCAGUCAAGACCCAACUGUUUGAGUCGGUCGAAAUCGGGCCCUGUUGGUGCACCACCUCUAACACCGGGCAAAGAGGUUAUCUCUUCUCCCCCAUGGCCCGUCUGGUCUGGAUCACCAUCCGUGCAAGAGAAGGUUGGCGGACCUCAGUCCUCAGAAUCCGGAUCUAAUGAAGGGACUAAUAACGUACGACAGCCAGGAGCCACACGACCAUCCUCACAACCAAUUACAUGGCUGGGGAUGCAGUCAUCACCGCACGAGCAGCGUGUUACGUUGACCCCUCAGCAUACACAAUCGCCGAGAUCAAGUUCUGAUUCCUCGAACGCAUGUCAAUAUCCAUCGACGGAUCCUGGGGACAGCAAAUAUCAGACAACGCUUCGUCAACCUAUCUCAGCGUAUGACAGCACUAUUCCGCAUCGCUCUACAGAUGCUUUUGAUGGCAACUCAAAAGCCCGCCGCAGUUCCACCGGUUCGACUCGCUUGACUGCCCUUGGUACCGAAACUGUUUCCACGUUGCCUACUGUUCCUGAGCACAUGAUGGUCCCCCAAACCGCGCAGAUGGGCUGGUCCGAUUCAGUCUCUUCUUCCUCAAGAAACGGUUCUCCAAGUAGGACCCCCUUAUCAGCCAGUCAUGCGGGCUCCUCACUACCCACCUCUCCCACUUUGGUAACUCGCCCCGUCGCAUCAUCGAACAGUUUUGCACUCACAUCCAUUCCGGGAGUGAAUAUGCAUCCCACAGAUCAUAUGGGCCCUAAUGUAACGUCUCCGUCAACUUCUGUUGGAUCUUCUGUCUGCCAGGACUCUAUCUGCAAAAGCUUGUCUCGGGAUCCUAGCAGUUUUGAGUCGAAAAGCCCAUCAAUGUCUGCGGCCUCCACAACGACUACCUACUGUUCCACCGUAACCAGUGAGGAAAGCAUCCGGGCUAUGAGUAAGCCCCAAGAUCAUGCUUUGAUUGAAAUAUCGGAGGAGGAAAUUGUGUGCAGACGAAGUGCCAACGAGCCCGAGUGCAACAAGAAGCCGACGUCAUCGUUGAAUAUGGGGUUGGAUUUCCUGCUUUCUGAAGAAAAUUCGGUGGUUGAGCAAGCCGCUAACGGUGCACAAAACUCCAACCUGGUAGCGCAAGUUCAGCCAUUGGGCGAUCAAUCUUUACUAGAAACCGGUACGAUAUCUAGCGAUAUCAACCCACCGGAUGCUUGUGACCGACCACAUUCCAGUCAGAGAAGAAAUACACCGAAUAUCGUCCCAAUUCCCAACAUCGUGUCCAGCGCCGGUGACGACACAGCGAAGACCUCUUAUCAUGGUAGGAGGUUUUCGGGAAGCAGCGAUACAAAUGGACACUCGGCUCAACUCGAGUCAAAUCCUGUUGUUAAGCGGAUCAAAUUGGAUCCAGAAUUAAUCGAAUCCGAGGCAAUCGAGUCUGAUCUGAAAGGAGGUUCUUCUAAGAAUUGUUUCCGUGAUUCAUCCGAAGAUUCCCAGUCUGUUGUUGCUGACCUAAAGAAAUCUGAAGACGAAAAAUCACAGCUACCCAGUCCGUUUCCGAAACAACUGACUAGCCCCUCAUCCGUUGGAGGAAAGCAAGUUUUCUGCAAAAAAGAACAAGGACUUCAGGAAGAACCUUGCCCAAAUGGCUCAUUCACAUCUUCGAACGACCGUUUUUUCAAUGAACGCCUGUGCAGCGACUCCAUUCAUUGCUUAUCUGCUCAGAUUGAUCGGAUAGAAGCGUUUCUUGAUGAAUCUUACAUCCGCUUUGUUGAAAACUUUCCGUGCGUUUGAUUUCUCCCAGAUAAACACAUCACUGGGUCCUACUGGUUCCACAUUACAGCAUGGUCCAUUCCAUCCCACGACUAAGUUUUACCCAUCUAAGCGCAACUACCAUUUGUGUGGUGCGCUGUGCAUUCUAAGUGGCCGCACUAUGAGCAUCGUUAGUCUGUUUUUAUCGUGUUUCCGCAUUUUACGAAUACUCUGCUACUCGUUAGGUCUUGUAUGUAUGUUAACUUUACACUACUUUGUUUUCCCACCACAGCCGAGCGGUUGCCAUUUGUACAAAUAUAUUGUGACGAUUUGAACUACUUAAAUUAGUAGGUAGUAGUACGACAAAUAUUGAGAGAAUCAAACAUCAUGUACUAAUCUCAAAGGAAACCAUAUUUUUUGUCUGUAAGAUGACGUUGAUGAUAUUGAUCGGUUGGGAUCGUAUGCCUUCGAAAUUUGUAGUUACUUGUAUUAUUCAAAAUGUGCAUUUUCUACAACGUGACCUGCUUCGACUACUUUCAGAAGCUGACUUCUCACUCCGUUUUUGAUUCUGCUGCGGACUUCGGAGCACGUUUUGAAUCUCUCGUGUCCUUUUCCUGAUAUGAAUUUUUCAUAUUUUUCAACCACUUUGUCUCCCAACAACCAAACAACUCACUGUGCAUACAAACUAACAUUAUCUUCAAUGUAAAAAUGUUUUUCUUUCGCGG